AUGGAAGCCGGCAAGUUCCUGGGAUUUAUGAUAACUCAGAGAGGGGUAGAAGCUAACCCGGAGAAAUGCCAGGCAAUACUCCAGAUGAAGAGCCCGGGCUGUAUCAAGGACGUCCAGAGGUUGGCAGGACGUUUGACCUCACUCUCCCGGUUUCUUGGAGCCUCGGCGACAAAGGCCCUGCCAUUCUUUAACCUCAUGAAGAAAGGGAUAGCGUUUGAGUGGACGCCCGCAUGCGAAGAAGCCUUUCAACACUUCAAAGAAAUCCUGGCGGCACCUCCCGUUCUCGGGAAGCCAAGGGACGGGGAACCACUGUACCUAUACCUCGCCAUAACAAGCGAAGCCCUGGCCGCAGUACUGGUACGGGAGGACGGGAAAGCCCAACAGCCAGUCUACUUCGUAAGCAGGGCCCUGCAAGGAGCAGAAUUAAGGUAUAGCAAGUUGGAAAAGCUAGCCUUGGCACUCCUAACUUCCUCGAGAAGGUUAAAACAGUACUUCCAAAGUCACCAAGUUGUCGUAAGAACGGACCAAGGGAUCCGGCAAGUUCUCCAGAAACCCGACCUGGUGGGAAGAAUGAUGACUUGGUCCAUCGAACUCUCUCAGUAUGACAUACGGUACGAGCCCCGGCAAGCCAUCAAGGCGCAGGCCAUGGCGGAUUUUUUGGUUGAAGUAACAGGAGACCCAGGCGAGGACAUGGGUACACGGUGGAAGCUCCACGUGGACGGAGCCUCCAACCAGACCUACGGAGGUGCCGGGAUCAUCCUGGAGAGCCCGAUCGGGGUUGUAUACGAACAGUCGGUUAGAUUCGAGUUUCCCAUCUCGAACAACCAAGCAGAAUACGAAGCCCUCAUAGCAGGCUUGAUCCUAGCGGCCGAGGUCGGAGCAAGGAGGCUGGAAAUAUGCAGCGAUUCCCAAGUCGUCACUUCCCAAGUAAACGGCAGCUACCAAGCCAAGGACCCCUUGUUACAGAAGUACUUGGAAAAGGUUAAAGGCUUGAGCCAGAAGUUCGAAGAGGUCACGGUCCAACACGUACCCAGAGAAAGGAACACACGGGCAGACCUUCUAUCAAAAUUGGCCAGCACAAAGCCAGGGGAGGGGAACCGGUCACUCAUCCAAGGCAUGACAAGAGAACCAGCAAUUGCACUACACAUAACAACCCUAAGUUCUUCAUGGCUAGACCCCAUCACCAACUUCCUAGAACACGGCCAAAUCCCUGGUGAUGAAAAGGACGCGGCGAAAUUAAGGAGAGAAGCGGCCAAAUACGCCGUCAUCCAAGGACAGCUGUUCAGAAAAGGGCUUAGCCAGCCCCUACUGAAGUGCCUACACCCCGACCAGACGGACUAUGUCCUCAGGGAAGUCCACGAGGGUUGCUGUGGGCACCACAUCGGAGGCAAGGCCCUAGCAAGAAAAUUAAUCCGAGCUGGAUACUACUGGCCGUCGAUGAUGACAGAUUCCAAGGAGUUUGUCAAAAAGUGCAUAAAGUGCCAACAGAACGCCAACUUUGCCAAGGCACCGGCCUCCGAGUUAAGCUUGCUAACGACCUCCCGGCCAUUCGCUUAG